UUUAACUAAACAUGCAGUAUAAACUUGUUUCCGAUAACUUUUAGAGAGAAGCAGAUUUAAUAAUCUGGACCGAGUGAGACAUGACUGACUCUGUACCCAGCAUUUUUAACUCGGAGGACGAAGAGGAGUUUGUUGACGCCAUUGAUAUGUGCCUUAGUGAAGAAGAGGAUCCAUCAACAAGACAGUUUAACUAUGUUCCUCCACCAGAAGUAACACUCCUUUCAGGCACGAGGACUGUUUCUCACUGUCCCACUGACUCCUCGGUGAGGUGUAAUCCUCAAAUAGAUCCCUCCAGUGACACACUCAGAGGCAGUGUGAUCAUGGAAGACUCCAGCAGAGUAGAUGUUAAGGGACAGAAUCCUGGGACUGAAUAUAUUUUCAGCAUCACAAGGUCAGCAGAAAAUGGAAAUCAAAGCAAACCAGCAUCUGCUUCCAUCUUUACAGAGCCUGCCCCUCCUUCGUGGAUAACAGUCUCUAAUGUCAGCAGCCAGUCUCUGUCUCUGCAGUGGGACACUUCUGCUGGUGAAGUGGAAAGCUACCUUGUGACCUGCUGCAGUGAGGGAAAACUUGUGAAAGAGCUGAUAACAGACASUAACAACCUGACCAUCAGCGACCUGGAGCCUGGGGUGUGUUACUCCUUCAGUGUGUCUGCACAGCUGGAGAAUGGAAGAAGAAGCAAGCCAAUUGGAACAUCUGCCCAGAUGAAGAGACAACUGCAGAGCUUGUUGGAGGAUCUGGGCUUGGAGCAGCACUACACAAAGAAGCUAUCACUGAGUGAAAUACUUCAGAUUGACCUGAAGGCAAUCACUGAUGAAACUGUCAAGUGCAACUCAGAUCUUCCAUGGUACUUCUUCAAGAAACUAAUGAUGGUUAAUGUGACAGCGAGAACUAUACAAUCAGAAUGUGAAUCAUCCAAUGAAGGAGCAACAGAAAUGACUGAAUUUGACUUUGACAAUCAGAGUGACAUUCCAGACUCAGGUGAAAUGGUAAACCCCCUUGACGUAAUCACUGCUCUCUUCCUGUGUUCUGAUGCUUUUGUGCAACAGGAAAUGGCCCUCAAAAUGUCCAUGUGUCAGUUUUCUGUGCCUCUCCUGCUUCCAGAUUGUGACACAAAGCAGUGCAAACUCAUGCUUUGGGCCAUGAGAGACAUUGUUAAAACCUACAGACCUCAGUCACUUUUACAAUCCAAAGGCUUUACUGAAGAAAGAAUUGUUCUCUCUGAACUUCCAAUGAUAUCUUUUGUGAGACUGGGGGAAUGUUCCAUGUCCAAGUCAGAGAUUCUCAAUAAGCUUUUGAGCAAUUCUGAAGAGUACCAUGACUAUUUUACUCACCAUGAUAUGAAGUGUGGUAACACCCCAAGAAGAAUAUCCAAUGGACUGACUGAAAUUACUUGGUACCUUCCUUGUGGCAAAAAAAACAUUGAUAUAUUCAGUGAGCCAGUAGCUGUAGCUAACCUUCGUGGGGACAUUGCUUCAUUUGAAACUCAGUUUUCUUUCUUGUGUCAGACAUCUGCAGCAGUGUUUGUGUUCUUUGACAAUUUGGACCCUGAGUGCAAGCUGCUAACCAACCUCCACCACAAGGCGAAGAUGUUUUUGGUCGGUAACCAACAAAGCAAAUGCUUUAGGAUGGAUGCUCUAAAAACAGUAGCAACAAAGCUGGGCUUGACUAAAAACAUCAUUACAAAGACCAAGCAGAAAAAUUAUGCAGACUUUGUCAACGAUCUGCGGACAAUGGUCAACAGUGUUAUUGAGAACACAAAGAAGAAGAUGUGCAUUGAGAAGAUGGCUGACAUUGCCCAUGAAUUGGGAAUCUUGGUUGAUGAAGACUGUCCAGAGUUUCAGACUGCCAAGGAAAAUGCAGAUGCCRUAACAUCAAAAAUUCAGAACACCCUUGAAUACAAAACCAAUCAGCUUCCCUUGCAUGGCGAAAUAUGGAAGGAAUUGACAAUUUUAGAGAAGGAAGAAUUUCGGCUUAAAAAUCWUGGAYCUGAAGACAUAGAAAUAUACAAAGGAGGGCUUCAGAAAAAGAAAGAAGAACUUCGGGAGAAACAGAGCUCUAAAAACAUAUCAGAUGCCAUGACAYGCUUCAUCAAUGCGAUAUCAAGUCCAGGCAUUGAGAGACGUUAUUUCCUGAAAUGGAUGCGAAUGAACCUUGAUAACCUGUCUCRAGAAAAACUGUCUGGCCUCAGGAAGGAGUACAAAGAAAAGUGCAAAGAUGCUGAGAACAAAGAGGCCAUCAAAGUCAUUGAUAAAGAGCUCUCCAACAGCUCACUGGGAACUGAACACUUCUUCCGUGAAAUGGGUCAGAUUUAUGAAGCUUCACUUUCCCUUCCAGAGCACGAUCUGUCGCGUAAACAACUACAGCAUCUGCCCAAAAUCUGUGCAGGAUUGUUGCUUGAUGGAUUUCCCCUUGAGCUUGUAGAUGGAGAUGCAUCCAACAUACCUCUCACAUGGGUGAGUGAUGUUCUCUCUCAGCUCAAUGAACUGGUGUCUCCAAAGAACAAGAUACUAGUGGUCACGGUUCUUGGAGUUCAGAGCACAGGAAAGUCCACUCUUCUUAACACUAUGUUUGGAGUGCAGUUUGCAGUCAGCAGUGGUCGAUGCACCCGAGGUGCUUUUAUGUUGCUCAUCAGAAUCAGUGAAGAUGUCAGAGAAGUCCUCAACUGUGACUUCAUGGUUAUCAUUGACACURAGGGCUUAAAGUCACCAGAGCUUGCACAACUGGAUGAUAGCCAUGAGCAUGACAAUGAGUUGGCAACACUUGUUGUGGGGCUGAGUGAUAUCACCAUUAUCAAUAUU